GCCCGUGGGCGCACUUGUCCUGGGUUCCUCCGAGCUCUUCGCCUCCGGGCUGGGCUUCCAAACCAGAGUCACACCGCACGUAAUCAAGAUGUUCGUAAAGAUGCUGUGGCCCAUUUUAAAACAAAGCCCAAUUAUUAGCGCUCAGCAGCUCUUUAUUCGGGCCCAGUGUAAGAUGGCCAAUUGCUGCUGAGAAUCAACAAGCAAAGGAAACACAGUGGAAGGGAAAAGAAAUCGGUUCUGGGGCCCUUUGACUUCUUUUGAGACCCCCAUUGGUGCUUGUCCUGUCUGCCAGACCUUAGGCAAAUUCUGGGGCUCGGUCUUCUAUCAUGUGAAAUGGGAAUUAGGAGUGCUUGGUGACUACACCAGGAGCGCAGCGGGUCGCUAGGAUAGCAGUGCUGUUAUCCUGUGCCUCCAGGACCCCACCUUCCCUUGGUCCUCCGCUGGGAAGCGCCCGGGCUGCAAACACCGAAAUGCCUCUAAAGUGCGUCACGGGCACCGGUCGCGCUGCUCGACUGACCAGGGUGAAGCUGGCACUCCGCCAGCGCGGGCUGGGCCAGGAGUGUCGGGCCUUCUCCCUGUUUGUGACCCCAGCGUGGAAGGCGCUCAAGUGGCGCAGAUUGGGGAGCGCUGUUGGGGGCGCUCUCCCCUGCCUGCUACGCAGCAGCCACCGGCCUCCGCAGCCUCCGCCGGGUGAAGGCUACGCUUUCUCUAGGCCCCCCACCCUCCCCGCUUCCUUACCAGCGGCGGCAGCGGAGAUUUCCUCCCGGGGAAACUACGCGGAUCCUUCCCGGGGCUCCUCGCCCCGCCCCAGUUCUCCGCCCCCUCCCCUUUGCUGGGGAUCCCGGGCUGGGCUGCUUCUGGGAGGAGGCUCCGACAGCCAGGAGGCGGCGGGGGGCAACGAGCUACAGGCUACCGACGCGCUCAGCCAUGUGACGCCGCCCUCCUUUCUGCGAUCCCCCGGCACUCUGGGCCCCUCCGGGCGCCCCGCUGCGCAGCGCACCAUGCGCCUGCCAGGACGCACGCGCCCACCGCCAGCGCCCCAGCCCGCGCAGCAUCCCGCCCUCCGCAGGCAGGUAGAGCCUCCCGGGCAGCUCCUGCGCCUCUUCUACUGCACGGUCCUGGUCUGUUCCAAAGAGAUCGCAGCACUCACGGACUUCUCCGGUUACCUAACCAAACUCCUGCAAAACCACACCGCCUAUGCCUGUGACGGGGACCACUUGAAUCUGCAGUGCCCUCGGCAUUCUACAAUCAGUGUCCAAUCGGCAUUUUAUGGGCAAGAUUACCAAAUGUGUAGUUCCCAGCAGCCUGCCUCCCAGAGGGAAGACAGCUUAACCUGUGUGGCACCCACUACCUUGCAGGUGCUGGACGAGUGCCAGAACCAGCGGGCCUGCCACCUCCUGGUCAAUAGCCGUGUCUUUGGACCUGACCUUUGCCCAGGAAGCAGUAAAUACCUCCUGGUCUCCUUUAAAUGCCAACCUAAUGAACUGAAAAACAAAACCGUGUGUGAAGACCAGGAGCUGAAGCUGCACUGCCACCAAUCCAAGUUCCUCAACAUCUACUCGGCCACCUAUGGCAGGAGGACCCAGGAGAGGGACACCUGCGCCUCCGAAGCCCAGCGGCUGCCCCCCUUCGACUGUGUGUCUUACUCCGCCUUACAAGUCCUGUCCAGAAGGUGCUACGGGAAGCAGAGAUGCAAGAUCCCCGUCAACAAUCACCAUUUCGGAAGCCCCUGCCUGCCAGGAGUGAAGAAAUACCUCACAGUUACCUACGCAUGCGUUCCCAAGAACAUCCUUACUGCGAUCGAUCCAGCCAUUGUUAACCUCAAGCCUUCUUUGAAGCAGAAGGACGCUGAACAUGGUAUAAACUUCGACCCAAGUGAGUCAAAAGUUCUGUGGAAAGAUGGAGUGAUGGUUAGCAACUCUCUGGCAGCGUUUGCUUACAUUAGAGCCCACCCCGAGAGAGCGGCCCUUCUGUUUGUGUCCAGUGUCUGCAUUGGCCUGAGCCUCACCUUAUGUGCCUUGGUCAUCAGAGUGUCCUGCACCAAAGACUUUCAGGAGCUGCAGCUGGGGAGGGAGCGCCUGGUGCCAGGAGGCGACAGACUUGGGGCGGACAGCGAGGAGGAGGCAGAGGAGGAGGACUCCUCUGAUUCGGAGUUCCCAGGGGAGCUGGCGGGGUUCUGCAGGACUUCAUACCCAGCCUACAGCUCCGUCGAGGCUGCAGAGCUGGCCGAGAGGAUUGAGCGCCGGGAGCAGAUCAUUCAGGAAAUAUGGAUGAACAGUGGCUUGGACACGUCCCUCCCGAGGAACAUGAGCCACUUCUACUGAAAACCGUCUGCCUCUCAAUGAGUGCACACUUUCCGAAGAGGGAAGGUUCCAAGAUGCCCCUCCAGGCCUGUCUCAUUUAUACCUUCUGUGAAGGAGAAUUUUCCAUGGCAUCCAAGACUGGUGAAGCCAGAAAGCCAUCAAAGGGACAUUUCAGAUUGUUUACAGCACCCCAAAAUAAAUUAGGAGGGGAGAAGUCUUUGCGUUCCGUACUUAUUUGAGUUUGUGUCUAUCAUUAACAAGUCUGUGUGUAAACAGGGCUCACAUUUACUGAGCACUUACAGUGACAGGUACUGCCCUACCUGUUGUUCGCUGAAUAAGUAUAUUUACAAUAACUUCACGAGACAGUGACAUUAUCCCUAUUUUACAUAUGAAUAAGCAGAAGAUCCACAGAUAUCAGUUUAAAAAUCUGUAUUGGUACUCAGGACAGCAAACGAGCUCAUGAGUGCUUUGAUUUGCUAACAUUAUUUGGUUAGAGCAGGGAUUGGUGAAAUUUUUCUUUAAGAGCAGGACAACAGAUACUGUGGGCAUUGCCACAACUGCUCAUCUUAGCUAUUGUGGCUCAAAAGAAGCCAUAGAUAGCAUCCAAUGAAUGAAUGUGGCUCUGUUCCAUUAGACAACAAAAUAUGGAUUUUAUUUAAUUCUCACAUUACACAUAUUCUUCUACUUUUAACAUCAGCUAUUUAAGAAUAUAAAGACCAUUUUUAGCUGGAUGUGGCAGCAGGCUGGAUGUGGAUCGCAGUCUGUCUUUGUAAAUAUAGUCUAGAAAAACUAAAGUUAUUCUUGUUCUGAACCAAAAGAGUUUGUGGACUCCUGGCUUAGGGUUGAAAACUGCAGAGCUUCUGGGUGUAAAAGCCAAUAACCAGAGCACCCAGCAGCCCGUGGGGUAAGGGGCAAGUGGAGUCAGCUUUCAAAGCAUUAAUGAAGGAGCAGAAGAUAGAAGAGUUUAGGAAGGUGCUGGAAGGUGCUGGAAGGUGCUGGCAGCACCUUCAGAUGUCCCCCUGUGAGCAGGAGACUAUAGCUCUGGUGCAGAGGAUGUUUUCUUUUGAUCCUAGUGGGACUGAAGCAUAAAAUUCUUGUCCAUCUCAUACACCUACCACCAGCAAGCCCCCCGCCCUGUCUCCCUUCGCCCUCGCAUCAACUCUGCAAAAACCGUAGAUGAAUGUUAUGGUUUGGAUCUGAGGUGUCCCCCGAAAGCUCCUGUGUUAGUGCAGCAAUGUUCAGAGGUGAAAUGAUUAUGAGAACUGCGAUGUCACCGGUGGAUUAAUCCAUUUGCUGGGUUCAUAAUUUGAAUGGACUAACUGGGAGGGAACUCUAGGCAAGUGGGGGGUAGCUGGAGGAAGUAGCUCCCUGGGGGUGUGCCUGGUGCCUUGGCUGUGAUCUCCCCCCACCCCCUUCCUCUCCUCCCUGGCUACCAUGGGGUGAGCUCUUCUGCCACCAUGUUCUGCCUAGCUCAGCCCAGAGCAAUGGAGUGUGCGACCAUGACGAAAACCUCAAAUAAACCUUUCCUCCUCCUGUAAA